CCCCGCCCCGCCCCGCCCCUGGCGGCCGUCGGCGGGGCUCGCCGGGCGCCGUGAGUCAGUGCCCAGUAAACAUUGGCGUGAGCCGCGCCGGCUCCGCCAUGGUGGCGGCGCCGUGAGGGCGGGGGGCGGCGCGGCGGGCUGGGCGCGGCGGCGGCCGGCGGCGGGGGCCAUGGACGAGCUCAAGCACCAAGUGAUGAUCAACCAGUUCGUGCUGGCGGCCGGCUGUGCCGCCGACCAGGCCAAGCAGCUGCUGCAGGCGGCCCACUGGCAGUUCGAGACUGCUCUCAGUGCUUUUUUCCAAGAAACGAACAUCCCCUACAGCCACCACCAUCAGAUGAUGUGCACUCCUGCCAACACGCCGGCCACGCCGCCCAACUUCCCCGAUGCCCUCACCAUGUUCUCCCGCCUCAAGGCCUCCGAGAGCUUCAACAGCAGUAGCCCUGUGACCUCCAUGGCGACUUCCCCGCCGCCUCCAGCCCCGCCGCUGCCCCAGCAUGGGGCCUUCAACCCUGCCUGGCCCGCAGCUUCACACCCCCUGGCCCAGCAGCAGAGCAUGUGGACUCCGGCCCCCCCCAGCGCAGCCGCAGGCUGGCCAGCUGCCGUCUCCCAGCAAGCCACGGCAGAACAGAAGGCCAACGUGACCAUGGAGGCAGAGAGAUGAGGCCGCGGCGAAGAGCGAAUGCGGCGGGGGACCCCUGCGUAUAAAUAUAUAUAUUUCCCCCCCUCCCCCUCCCAGAAGAGGAGAGGAACUCUGCUGCCAGGGCGUCUGGCAGCCACCAAGACACAUGAGCAGAUAGCUGCCUUGCAUGGGUUUGGUUUGAAGUAGUUUUUUACUUGUCCUUGAGCUGAACAGAGCUCCCCAGAGGACAGCGGGAGGCUGCGUGGGACGCGGGACCGGUGCUGGCCUCUGCCCUGGGACCCCGGCGCUGCUGGGCUUUUUGGGGAGGGAGCACACCCCUCCUCUCUUGGGACACCGGAGUUUGCAUGCGAGUGACAUUUACGGAGGAGGUCCCUUUUUCAGGGUCCCCUGGGCCACCCCACCAGGCAGAGUGGGUUGUGCCUGAGUGCUUCCCCCCAUCCCUUGCCCCCACUCAACCAUGUAGGGGGCAGACACCCCCACGCGGCUUUGUUUUUUAUAAGGGGUGGAAGAGAGCAAAGGCUGUUCCUGCUUGGCCACAGGUUCCACCCCGCAUGUGCUGUGCUCGCUGGUGAGCAGGGCUGGGGGACGCUGGCUCCCGGGGAGGUACCUGGCCCCUCACCCAGCCCCGGGGAUGGGGAGCAGGGGGUGAGUGGGGCUGGGCCAGCACACCCUCCCCUUCCCCCUCCUGGGAUGGGGUUUGCCCCCGGGGCUGUUUGCAUGACACAGUGUAACCCUAGAGACUGGGAUCGUUUUUUAACCCCUCUGUUCUUUUCUCCGGGCGGCUGGAAAGUCUCCGGACAUGCCGCGGCCCGCUUGCAAUACACGCUCUUCUGCUUUGAACCCGGUGUCUUUGCUUCGUUUGCAGCAGCAGCGGAUACGGGGGAAGGCUGGUCUGGGCCCCGGGCUGUUUUCAGGAUUGCCUGUAUGAGUGGCUCUGUGAGUGCCGUGCCUCCGGGCUGGGGCUGGCCACAUCUCUACUGCGUGUGCUGCUCUAAAACACUGUGUCCCAGCCACGCAGUGACUGCCAGCUGCCUUUGGCCAGGUGUGUGCCAGGGCUCAGCCCCAGCAGAAGCCAGCCCAGCUCUGCUCGCUGCGCUGCUGCAUCAGCUGUGGGUGUGAGACCCCAGCAGGAGCAGGGGCAGGGCUGAUGGCGGGGCUGCGCUGAGACCUUGGGCUCGCUGAGGACUUUGGGCUCCCCUGCGUGACACCCGCAGGUCUUGUGUGUCUUGCUGUGACCUGGCUCCUAUCCCCUCUUCACCAGAUUACAGGGGCCAUGUCCCUUGGAGGUUGCUGUCCCUGCUGAGCCCUCUCCCCAUGAGGCUGUGCCCCCUGCAUCCCUGUGCUCACCAGUCAAUAAUUAAUUUCAAUCUCGUAUUUGUGUUGCUAAAAUAAACAUUGUAGGAGCGAUGGUUU